AUGGACUACUGGGGCAUGCCUGUGGUGCGCACGAAUCUCACGCCCUACAUCUUUGGCAUCAACAUCCAGCACUGCCAGGCUGCCAUCCCAGGCGACGGAAAUGACGUGAUCUGCAUGACCUAUACAUACGACAUGGCAGCAUUUCUGAUCAGGUUAUUGGAUGUUGCGGACUGGCCUGAAUUCAGCAUCAUGGUUGGCGACGAGGUCACGUACAACCAGCUUCUGGAGAUGGCCGAGGAGAUUCGAGGUGUGAAGUUCAAAGUCACUUAUGACAGUAAGGAGAGUAUCAAGAACGGGCAGGUCACUAUUCCUCCAAUGCCCCAAGGGGAUUCCUCUUCGGAGGAGGAGCUGAAAGAGAUGACUGCCUUGGUGAGCCGACUGACGGUAGCUGGUGUUUUCAAGCUACCAGAUGAAAAUCGCCUGAACGCUAGAUUCCCUGACAUACAACCAGUAAAGAUGAAGCAAUUCCUUCAAAAUGCUUGGAAAGGUUACAAAGGAACCGAAUAG